CAGACAACCAAAUCUGCAUCCGAAAGAGGACCGGAUAACCAUUGGGGCGUAUAGUUACGAUAUCCUUUUCCAUUCGCUGUCAGACUUAUGUCCGGAUGUUCGCGCUCGCAGUGUCCCAAAGAGAAGUCUGACGCUGCUGCACUGGGCGUCUGUAAAGAUGAUUGGGCUUUUGAUCUCACUGGAUUUGUAAACUACGAAUUUAACUCCAUGAGACGGAGAAGAAAGAUUGCAACAAAUCCGGAGAUGGGACAUACAAAAUCGCCAGUGAAGAGGUGAUCUGGAUAGCAUGCAAAAUCCACCUUUAGCAAUCAACAAUCUCUCGCAAGAUGACCAUUCUCAUUACUGGAAGCACUGGCAAGACCUCCAAGCGUCUCGCUGAAAUUCUUCAAGCAAGCAAUACUCCUUUCUUGAUUGCUACUCGCCGAGAUGCUUCCGAGAUCCCUUUUCCCAGUGUCCAAUUCGAUUGGCACGAAGCCAAAAGUUUUGAGAAUCCAUUCAAUACAGCUACGGACAUCUCUGCGGUCUAUCUAGUCGCACCAGAGACCCCUGAGCCUGCGCCUUUUGUCAAUCCUUUCAUCGACUUAGCCAUCGCAAAAGGUGUCAAGAAAUAUGUCCUCCUCUCCGGAACUCCACAGGUCAAAGGAGGCCAGUUUUCUGGGCGUAUCUGGAGUCAUCUUGAACAAGCCAAUGUUGAGUUCGCAGUGCUGCGACCGACAUGGUUCAUGGAGAACUUCUCAGAGUUGCAGCACCAACCGUCCAUCAAGAACGAUUCCACCAUCUACACCGCUGCUGAAUAUGGGAAAGUCCCGUUUGUGUCGGUAGAUGAUAUCGCCGAAGCGGCAUCCAGCUUUUUGUUGGGAAAGAUCCCAUAUGGGAACAAAGACUACGUGAUCCUUGGACCGGAAGCAUUGGAUCAUGGUGAGACGGCAGAGAUUUUGAGCUCGGUGCUAGGCAGACAAAUUGUGUAUGUGCCCAAAUCCGUCGAUGAAAUGGUGGCACAGUACACUGGCAUUGGACUCAAGCCAAUGUUCGCAAAUGCAAUGCCGUAUCUCGAAACACUGGUUAGGGAUGGCAGCGAGGCGAAACUUAAGAACGAUCUGGAGAGUUUGAUCGGUAAGAAAGGCAUUGACUUUCGCACAUGGGCCGAGAGAGAAGCCAAGGGGGGCUAUUGGGGUUGAAUAUGCACGAACUUCAUAAGUGGAAUAAUGUUCAUUGCUACUUCCUAGUCCACUAUCAUUAUUCUGGCAAGGCAAUAGUAAAGAGGCUAUAGACUCUUUCCCGAGUUCGCGAGUCUAAUACAGUUUUCAAGAUUUGAU